AUGGAGAACUCAACCCAAGUCAAGUUAUUUUUUCUCUUUGGCUUACAAGAGACAUUUAACAACAAAUCGGUCUAUUUUAUCUUGUCUCUUAUCACAUACCUUCUCAUCAUCACUGUGAAUCUGACUCUGAUCAUAACAGUCAUUCAGGAAAAAGGCCUCCAUGAGCCCAUGUAUAUCUUUCUGUGUAGUCUGUGUGUCAAUGGAUUGUAUGGAACUGCUGGUUUCUACCCCAAGUUGUUACUGGACCUUCAGUCAGAUGUUCAGGUGAUAUCUUAUGGUGGAUGUUUCACUCAAGCCUAUGUAAUAUACACAUCUGUCCUGUGUGAACUUUCUACUCUAACAGUGAUGUCUUACGACAGGUAUGUGGCAAUAUGCAGACCAUUACUAUAUCAUACCAUUGUGACAUCUUUAACUGUUAGAAAGUUAUUCUUAUUUUCUUGGUGCUAUCCUUUAUUUGCAGGACUCAUAUCACUAAUUUCAGCUGUCAGAAUUCCUUUGUGUGGGUCUCGCAUUGAUAAAAUCUUCUGUGACAUUCCGUCUAUGUUGAAACAUGCAUUCUCUGCUUCGCUCACCUCCAACACCGGCUCUGGUUCUGGUCUCAUCCUUGGCUCCUCAUGA